GCGUAUUCUUGGGUCUGGAUGCGCAUUUUUCAUCUUGGCCAAUCAACUGGGCAGAGUAUCGGAGCAAUGCUCGGCAGCAGCCGAAGAGCCAACCACCGCGUGCACAUCCUCUGUUCAACGAGACUCAUGGAUUGAGUCCUCUAGGGUCCGGAGUGUUGGACGACAAAAGAUUGACGAUUAUCAGCUUCUCUGGAGUGGUGGACACGCCACUGCCUCAACUCCAGCGGGCCAGCCUCAGAUUCGUCCCUUCCAGCCAUCAACCCUCGCAGUGGCCCACCAGCAAAAUGCCAUGAACGAACCAUCCAACUCGGCGCGCCUCUCACAUGUCGACAGGACCAAUCCGAAGGACCAGUCGAGUCGUCGAAGGGUCUUGUUGGACCUGUCGGCGACGACGGAUCAAAUGCGACUUGGAGAAGCCCGCAUGCGAGCGUUGCCGGCAAAACGAGCAGCUCUGUAACUAUGGCUCCGUCCCGCCAUUCAAAUGGGUCGGAGGCAUAGCCAGUAGGGGCAAGAAUGCUCCAUCUGAUCGUACGGACUCGCUGGAGUUGGCUAGUCCGCUCUCAAUACCGGUGUCCAGCCCGGCCUCGAUCUUGAUGUCCCCCCGGGCUUCAGCUCAGCUGGAUACCGAGUGCAUGCUGCUGUACUUCUCACAGGCAGUACUUCCCCGGUUUCACCUUCUCGAAGGAGCCCCGCGACUGGACCUCAGCCUGUUGAUGCAGGACAAGCCCCUCAAGCAAGCCAUCCUGGCCGUUUCUCAAACCCACUUCGAUCUAGCGCAUGUAAUGUCCACCAGUGUGACGCUCACGCGGCAGCAGGCUCGAUCAGCGGCAAUCAGGAGUCUUAGAAAUCAGCUUGAACUGGGCGUCAAAUCGGCAAACACGGCACAGAAUGUAUUCAUGAUCAACGUGCUUCUUUGCAUACUGGAUGGCAUGAUCGAGCCAUCGAACGAUCACCUAGGCGUUACGAAGUGGCAUCUACAAGGCGGCCAUGCCAUGCUCACCCGGUGGCCAAGUCUACCAACCGACAUCAUUGCGAAGAAUGGCCUCCAUACGCAUCUGCUAUCCUGCUUCGCUACCAUGGAUCUAUUUCACGCCCUGUUAAGCGGCGAUAAGCCUUUCUUCGAUCCCCUACUUUGGCAUAUGUUCGCCCACACGGACUCUUGGUGGGGAAACUUACCGGCCAACGACAGGUUCUUGGGCAUCCUCAAAUGUUACGCCGAAAUGGCAUCUCUUGGCUCCUUGGUUGCUUCUAGCCUACCCACGCGCGUUGGUUUACAACUGGUGGAGAAGUGCCUACCUGCCAUCGAGGCGACACUUCUCGCCCCACCUCAUCAUGGUGAAGCAUUGGUCACAGAUGGCGUGGUGACGCCAGAGAACUGGGCCAUCUUCUGUGAGCUAUACGAGCUCUGCGGCAUCAUCUACCUCCAGCGCGCGUUACGGCUGUUGCCAAUCGACGACCCAGCCGUGCAGGCUGCGGUCAAAGAAGGGGUAGGGAAGUUGACUGACGGCUCGCUACCCGGAAUGAUGGCUCACUGCGUCGUGCUGCCGCUUUUGGUGCUUGGAGCGCACGCACUCUCCCCCGACGAUCAGACUGUCAUCUUGCGCACUAUUAUGCCAUCGAUUUCCUAUCUCUCGUUCGGCAAUUUGCAGCUCAUGGCUGAUUCGCUGCGAGAUAUCUGGCGGACGGAUGACAAGACAGGUACUUGGUGGGACGCUUUUCAAGCCUUAUCAGCGAAGGCGUUCUUGUUCUGAACGAGCAUCAUGAAUCGAACGACAACCGGGCAGGUCAACGGCGUGGAAGGAAACGCCAGUACCAAUCCAGUAAGAGAUGCCGAGUGCCCCGGAUCGUGCCCCAGAUUUUCGGUAUGGAAUCGUGCCAAUCUAUGCCCAAAUAGGCAUUUCGGGAGGCACUUCAAGCGUCACCACGCGGGUAGGGUCCUCAAAUGCGGGCGAGGCCAAUCGGAAUCCACAUUAAAAGUCGACCACAGAUGCGCCGGGAGUCUACUACAUAACAUGGCUUGUGCCGCGUCUUGCGAAGCGCACGACUGACCACCUACACAUUUCCCCUACUGGCAGAUACCAUGGCGGAUGAGAAGGUC